AUGGAGCUGCCCCCGCAGUGCCAUAUCGACUUUCCGGACAAGAACAACCUGAUGCACUUUAACAUCACCAUCUCUCCUGACGAGGGUUUUUGGAAAGGAGCUAGCUACACCUUCGUCUUCAACGUGGCUGCAUUGUAUCCCCAUGAGGCACCUAAGGUGAAAUGUGAGACAAAGAUAUACCAUCCCAAUAUUGACAUGCAGGGGAAUGUUUGCCUCAAUAUUUUGAGAGAAGAUUGGAAGCCUGUGCUGUCCAUCUCCUCGGUGGUCUACGGGCUGCUGUAUCUUUUCUUAGAGCCUAACCCUGGUGAUCCGCUGAACCAUGAGGCUGCUGAGGUUCUGCGGAACAACAGAGGUGAGUUUGGUCGUAUCGUGGCCAGGACCCUGAGGGGUGGUGCAGUCGCAGGCCACGCUUUCCCCAAGUUGGUCGCUUAG